AUGGUUAAUUUAUAUACAGAAAUAUCAAAAUCUAUUGAGUUUUUACCAUCAGAAAUAUCAUUUUCUUAUGGAUAUGUGUUUACAAAUUUUAAAAAGUUAAAAUGGCCAUGGAUGAGUAAAAAAAAGAUAGAUAAUGUCUCUCUUUCAAACCAUUUUUUUUUCGUAUUACAAGAGAACGCAAUGGCUUAUGCUAUUGAAGUUUUAAUAUUUUUUUCUUCUGAUUUAAGCGUUUUUUAUAUUUCUAAGGCGGAUUCAACGGGAUUUUUUAAUCGACAUGAUUCACCAUCGCCUUUGAAACCUGUUAUUUCUUCAUUUUUAUCAUAUUUAAUUAAGAAGUUUUCUAGAAGAAAUAUACCAUCAAGAAUAUCUCUUUUUUCAAGAUCUCAGCCUCAAUAUCUUUUUCCGUCUUCGUCUUUAAAUCCUUCUAAACAUAUAUUAGAUGAUAAAGAAUUGGUCAAAUGGUGGUUAAGAGUAUUGGACUGUGUCAAGGGGCCUCAAUGCCCAAAAAAAUAUGUUUUAAUACCCGGAAUAGAUGCAAGGGAAACUCUUAGGUAUACUCCUGAGCAUACUAAUACAGAUUUAAAAUGGAUAUGUGGUCAUCCUUAUCAACCUACAGAUCAACCUGCAGGAGAAAUUAUUCCACGUUUUCCAGAUGAUCCUAAAACUCGAUUUCUUGAUCAAUUGUAUAAAGAUGGAGAAGGAGAAGUUACAAGCAUUGAUAAAUUCUGGGAAUUAAUGGCAUUUCGUCAAGAGUGUACACUUGGUAGAAUUGUUGGGUUUUUUAGUUUAGAAUUUCCAGGUAGCGACCAAGAUGAAAUAAAUAAUUGUAUGACAGAGGAUUUGAAUUUGGAAAAUGGUAUUCAAAUAAAUGAGAAAAUUUAUAGAAUGGCUUAUGAAAAAUUAUUACGUUCUGAUUUUGAAACAUUGGAAAAGACUAAAGGAGCAACACUCGACUGGAUUCAUAAUAUCAAUAAUUCUAAAGAUAUUAAAAACACUGUUGAUUGGAUUAAAAAAGUUUCGGGCAAAAAAACCUGUGAGGAUAAAAAGAGAAAAACUGCUGAUAUUUCGGAACAAUCAAAAACUAUAAACAUUCUUAAUGAAUCUUUAAUCCGUAAAAAAAAUAAAAAAAAGUGUUAGAAUUGGGAAUUUUGCUGCGUUUUAUUUGGAAUUAUAACCAUUCUCCUUUAGAAAUUUUAUCUGCUAGAUAUUCUGUUAAACAUCUCUCAUCAUUUUCACUCAGUAAUUGUAUUUCAGCUUUAACUCUGGUGAAUAUCAUUCUGCACAACUCAUUUUUUAGGUUUAUGUGUUCUUGAAUCCAUUCUUUUUGUAAAAGGUCGAAAGCUUUUUUUAUAUCUUUGUUAUUCAUUGGAAUAUAUCCGUUUUCUUGAUUUUUAUGAAAAUCAUUUGAAUGUACACCUAUCCAUUUGAUAGAUGGUAUAGCCAUUAGAUGACUAUUGUGUGCUUCUGCAUAUGAACCAAAUUUGUAUGUUGCUAAAAUAUUUAUUCCAUGUGGAUCAUAAUCUACAAGACACAAUAUGGGGGUUGAUCUCUUAUAAGGACUCGGAGAAGUUGAAAUAGAUUUUGAUAUCAUGUAUAAAAAUUCUCUUGUUGAUAUAUCUGGGUAUCCUUUUGCCUGAUAACAAAUUUAGUCUUAUUAUUUUAAGUGUAAUGGAUUCUUUAUACUGUAAUAAUAACACCUUUUCCUGCUAUUGGAUGAUCGUAAAAUUUUGAUAUCACUAAUGUUCUAAAUGUCGACUAAAGAUAUUAAUUUUUGUUUUAUAUUUUAUAUUUAUCUACUUCUUUUUCAACAAUAAGAAUCCAAUCAGCUUCUGUUUCUAUGCUUUCUAUUUCAGUUUCUGAAGGUAUUAACACCUGAAAAUAUUAAGAUUUAAAAAUAAUGGACUUGAUUUUUAUACUUCAGAAUCUUGCAAACAGUUUAUCUCCUCAAAAUUUUUUCGUUUUAUUUUUAUAUGACCACAGACGAGUCCUUUUGCAGUUGCUAACUGUUUCAUUGAAAAUUAACAGUGAAUUUGAAUUAAAUAUUUGUAUCUUACAACAUUAAGUGCUGAUCUUCGAAUUUUAAAGGUAUAGGCUAUAUCUUCUAUAAUUUUAUUCACAAUUCUUGAAUUCUUAAAUAAGUUUAUGUCACGAUAAUAGAUAUUCCUUGGUUUAUAAAAAAAAUAUAUAAGAUUUAAUGUUUAAAUAAUUUACCUUUUUGUUACUGGAGUGUUUGAUACUAAAGAUUCGUGAAUUAGAUCUAAAACUCGAAUAAGGACAGCUAUAUUAAUCUUAUUAAAUGUUUAAAUACAACAAUCAAGAAAUUACCAAAUCUCCAAGAGCCUAUUUGUGUUUUGCUUGGAAAUCGGAAAACUCUCUGUUUAACU